AAUGUUUGUCUGCGUAGAUCUUCAUUGUGCGCAACACCGUCAGUAGUAAUACGAGCAAAAAAAUAUUUUAUGUGAAAACAUCUCAAGUGAAAGAAAAAUAAUACAUUUUUAUAUAAAUUCCUGAAAAUAUAUUAUAAAAAUAAUUUCAAAAAUUAUGGAAAAGUGAUAAUUAAAUGAAAAAGCUAACAAAACCAAAAAAGUGUUAGACAUAAAGUAGAUACAAGAAAAAGAAUUAAUGCAGAUGAUUGAAAAAGUUUGAAAAGAAAAAAGAGCACAAAAGAAAAAAAUUAAAAAAAUACAAUAUAAAAUAUAUGAAUAAGUGAAAUGGCAAACGACAAUUUAAUAAAGAAAUAAAUUAAGUACAGGCGAACAAAUAAACAUUUACUUAUUUUUAUAAUUUAUAAUAAAAAAAGGUUUCAAGUGGCGAAAAAUGGGUGUUGCUACAACUACUACAACAACAAAAGCAGUAAUAGAAACAAAUUUACAACAAACGGCAGUAGCAGUGAGUGGCAGCAGCGGCAAUGGCAGUAGUCAUCUAUUGUAAAAAAAUAAUAAAUCUUGUUGUCAUCUCUGUUACUUUGUUGGCCUUAAAAUUGCGUUCUUUAAAUUAAAAAGGAUAUGAAUUGCGUUGUUAAAAAUACCAGAAAGGAUCUCUCGUAAAUAACAACGUAGUCAACAAUAAGUUGUAAUAAAAAAAAUACUCAUAAAUUAAAUAAUGCAAUAAAAAAUCUAUUAUAAAUCAAUUAUAAUACUCUCUGUGCGGUUAGAGAAUAUACAAAAUAAUAUUUUAUUUAACAAUUAACAUCACAAAUAUAUCUAAAUAUAAAAAUAAAUAUUUGCAACAAUUUUAACAGAUUUAUUUAUAAUUUUGUUGCUUUUUUGCAUUUGCAAUUGUCAUAUACGAGAAAAAAACAUAGACGAAAGAGAAAAAAUUAAAUAUAACAACAAUAACAAGUCUUCAUACCGAUAAACAAACAAAUACAAACAAUUUUUUUAAGUCUGACUGACACAUUGUGUCGUUGACGUCGUCUUCUUGGUUAUUGUUGUUUUCGUAAAAAACAAAAGACAACAAAAAAAAAACAAAACAUUCAAAAAUACAUCUUGCUGCAGUUGUGUAUGUGUGUGUGUUUAAUUUUAUAUAUUUCUUGUUUUUGUAAAUCACAAGUUGUGUAAUUGCAAGAACAUUACAAUAACAUUCACUAGCUGCUCUUUAAAAUACAUAUUGUUUUUGUUAUGAAUUUAUCUUUAGUUUUUGUUUUUGCAAACAUUUUUCGUCAUAACUAGUGCGUGAGUGCGUUGUGCAUAAGUUACGUGUAAGUGCAGCACAGCUGUUUCUUUUUUGUGUCAUCAUUUAACUUUUUUCAUAAGUCGUCACGCUCGACCUAAUCGAUCAAUUUUGGACCAGUUUUAAACUAUUUCCAUUUAUUGUUUCGGACACCCUGCUGUGGAACUCUUUGUAGUGCCUUGAGUUUGUUUGUUAAAAAUGCCGCCCGCACUGAUUGGUAUUGCUGAGUUUGUCGAAGAGACUCGAGAUGAUUAUAAUUCGCCAACGACGUCAACAUUUGCAUCCCGUAUGCCUGAUUGUCGUCAAACUAUAGCAAUAUUGGAAGAGCGUUUGGAAUUCGACCGUGAAGGACUAACAAAACUGAAAAAGGCAGUCAAGGCCAUACACAAUUCAGGAAAUACACAUGUGGACAACGAAAUGUUUUUGGUGAGAGCGUUAGAACGUUUGGGUGGCAAAGUAAUAGAUCAAGAUGAACCAGAUAUUGGUGCUGCAUUCCUUAAAUUUUCGGUGGUAACAAAAGAAUUGAGUGCAUUAAUGAAAACUUUGAUGCAAAAUAUCAAUAAUAUUGUUAUGUUUCCGGUAGAUACAAUGCUUAAGAGUGAAUUGAGAGGUGUUAAGGGUGAAAUGAAAAGACCCUUUGAUAAGGCAGCCAAAGAUUAUGAAGCUAAAUUUAUAAAAAUUGAAAAAGAGAAAAAGGCACAAGCCAAAGAAGCCGGCAUGGUAAGAACGGAAAUUGAUGCUGCCGUUGUGGCUGAUGAAAUGGAAAAGGAAAGACGUCUCUAUCAAUUACAAACAUGCGAGUAUUUGCUGAAAUAUAAGGAAAUCAAAACAAAAACUGGCAUCGAGCUGCUGCAGCAUUUUAUCGAAUACUAUCAUGCUUUGAAUAAUUAUUUCAAAGACGGCCUACAGACAAUUGAACAUUUUGGAACGUACAUUAGUGAUUUAAGUGAUAAAUUACAUAAAAUUAAACAACGACAAGAUGAAGAUCGUUGUAGUUUAUUGGAAUUGCGAACGUUAUUGCGAAGUACGCCGGAUUUUGAGCGUGUCGAGAAUGUGCCAACGGAUAAAGGUGGAGGAGGUACUGGAUAUUCCCUACAUCAGCUGCAAGGUGAUAAACAUCAUGGCGUAACAAGAUCGGGACAUUUACUAAAGAAAAGUGAGGGCAAAGUGCGAAGGGUGUGGCAGAAACGACGAUGUCGUGUUACCAGUGAUGGUUUCCUUGAUAUUUGUCAUGCGGAUGAAACUAAACCACCUACAAGAGUGAAUCUUUUAACGUGUCAGAUUAAACCAGUGCCUGAUGAUAAGCGAGGCUUUGAUUUAAUCAGUUAUAAUCGUCCAUAUCAUUUUCAAGCUGAAGAUGAAGCUGAUCAAAAAGCCUGGAUGGCUGUUUUGGUUAAUUGUAAAGAAAAAGCUUUAGCUAAAGCAUUCCAGCAUGCAAAUCCACAAAUGAGUCCUAGUUUAGUUGAGCUACAAAAGACUGUUAUAAGAUACGUCCAAAUGUUGCCGGGCAACGAUCAAUGUUGCGAUUGUGGCUCACGCAACGAUGUCACUUGGAUUAGUCUGAAUUUUGGUAUACUGGUGUGUAUACAAUGUUCAGGCGUUCAUCGAGAUCUUGGUGUACAUCAUUCGCGUAUACAAAGCUUAACUCUGGAUAAUUUAACUACAGCCAAUCUGUUGAUAGCUCGUGCCAUGGGUAAUCAUACUUUAAAUGAGAUUAUGGAAGCAACAUUGGGCAAAGGAAAACUAACACCUGAUAGUACAAUGGAACAACGUUAUGAUUUCAUACGAGCCAAAUAUGUGGCGAAACGCUAUGUGAUGCGCACUUGUGCUGAUGAAAAUGAUUUACGCUGUGACCUGGAACAGGCUGUUGUUAAUGCCGAUAUGAGUCAACUGUUGCAAGUUUGGGCUGAGGGUGCUGAUCUCACAUGUUGUUUACCCUCCUGGGAUGAUGGUGAAACUCCACUUCAUUUAGCCGUGCUAAGAGAACAGGGUUCCACUUUACACAUUGUUGAUUUUCUCAUACAAAAUAUGCCACCAAAAGGUCUUAAUAAAGCCACCAAUCCACCCAGUAUAUUAAAUGUUACCGGAAAAAAUACCGCCUUGCAUUUGUGUGCUCUACACGAUAAACGUGAAUGUAUUAAAUUGUUAUUGCGUUCGGGAGCUGACUAUGAAUUGCGUAAUUCACAAAAUAAAACAGCGCUGGACAUAGCCAAAGAAAUGGGCCAUAACGUGUGUAAAGAAUUGAUUGAAUGUGCCAUGAGACGUGAGAAAAGUGCUUUUGAUCACAUUAACACUGAUUGGAAUCUGCCGAAUGAAGAUGGUUCUACAGAUUUUUCAGAUGAUGAUACUGUGAUUGAUGAACGUAAACGCUCCCGUCCGCCAAGUUUCGCUGGUGGUGAUUCACCCGUAUUACGUUCUCGUUCCUCAACUUGUGAUUCUAUACAGAGUAGUUCUAGUCCAAUAGCCAACUGCCCUAAUCGACAGUUUACAUUGCCCAUGUAUCAACAGUCUGCCGGUACAUCGCCGAAACAACAAAUGUCACUUGGUCAGUAUUUGGGUAGUGCCGGCAACAUAAAUGCAGGCUGUACGAAUAGUGCAGCUGCUGGUGGAGGUUCCAGUCCUAGUUCGGCAUCCAGUCAGAGUGGUCGUAUGGGACCUAGAAGUAACAGUGAGUUUGUAGGUGGAGCUCGAAAAUCCACAUCUACAGCUAAUAUGAAUUCUUUGAAAAAACGUACAGCACCAGCACCUCCACCGGGUACUAGUACAAACUCAUCGACAUUCUAUGGUACAUUGCCGCAUGCUCCCAGACAUUCACAAAAUUUCGAUACAAACGAUAUAAGAACGCACAAUCAAAAGAAUCAAUCGAUGGAUGCCAACUAUGGUACAUUGCCACAUUUACGUUCCGUAGAUAGUAGUCCUCGCAUUAUGGGUCACAAUAGUUCAGCAUCACAUGGUGGUAGUUUCUAUGAACGUUUCGAUAAACUCGUUUCACAGGAUCCGAACGGUGGACCACCACCCACAAGCCAUCACAUAUUGCCAGCCAUGACAACAUUUGGUCAUAAACGCUCGCCCAGUGGUGAGUCGUUAAAUCGAAAUUUGCACUUGGCUGGUGCAAAAUUAGUAUUACCACCUGCAGGUGAAAUACCAACAUUGAAACAUGUUGAUAAAUCUGCUUUAACACGUCCAAAAAUACCACCUCCCGGACCGCCAUCAUCAGAACGUGAAAUAGCGAAUGGUCAAUCGAAUGAAAGUAUUAGUUCUAUGGAUGAAGGUCCUAUUGCGCCACCCCGUAAGCGCAAACAUAACAGGUUAUUGAAAUUAUCACAACCCAGUGAGGAAACGGUAAAAAAUUGGUUCGCUGUUUGUUUGCAAUUUGCUGUGUUGUUUUUUUUUUGUUUAAUCGUUUAAUUCUAAUAUUGAUUU